AUGAAUGUGUCAGGAACUUUGAGCUUCUUUAGGCUCUUCAGAGAUCCAUCUCUAUGUCUGCCCCACCACACCGUGUCUACCUUCAACCAUUUACCAAUCCCUCUUUCUCGUGCCUUUGCCAAAGCAGAUGGUGAAAAGAAGGUAGACAUCCGGGCUGUUGUGCUUGACAAGGAUAAUUGUUUUGCUGUGCCAAAGGAGAAUGAGGUUUAUAAGCCAUACACAGAACGAUUCGAAGAACUCCGCAAAGCAUAUCCUGGAUCCCGUCUAUUGAUUGUAUCAAAUUCUGCCGGCACUCUAUCAGAUCCUACUGGAGCAGAAGCAGAUCUUUUGGAGAAGAAUACUGGUGUCGAAGUCCUUAGACAUAACACAAAGAAACCUGGUUGCCAUCCUGAUGUGCUAUCAUAUCUUCGGAAUGCCCCGGAUACAGGAGUCACCCAUCCAUCUCAAGUUGCCAUUGUAGGAGACAGACUCUUCACUGAUGUCAUGAUGGCAAACAUGAUGGGCUCAUAUGGUUUCUGGAUCAGAGACGGUGUUGUGGAAGAGAAAGGGAUUUUCGUGAGACUCGAGAGAAGUCUUGCAAGCUUUCUCACUCGUCGCGGCUACGUUCCGCCAUCCCCUCAAAGCCAGUUCGAGUAG